AUGAAAGUUACAAUACUUGGGGCAGGCCAGGAUAUAGGAAGAUCUUGCGUUGUAGUGUCCAUACAGAAUAAGACAAUAAUGUUUGACUGCGGAAUGCACAUGGGUCACUCAGAUCACCGCAGAUUCCCGGAUUUUAAACUCCUUGGGGCAGGCCCAUACACAGGCGUAAUUGACUGCGUAAUUAUAACGCAUUUUCAUAUGGACCACUGUGGUGGUCUCCCAUACUUCACCGAGAGAUGCAAAUAUGCAGGGCCCAUAUACAUGACACCCCCAACAAAAGCAGUCCUCCCAAUUAUCCUGCAGGAUUACUGCAAGGUCUACAAUGAAAGAGAUGAUUCCAGCAAGUUCCAGUACCCCACAUAUAACGAAGAGAAUAUUAAGGCAUGUAUGAAGAAGGUCAUUCCAAUUGCAAUGGAUGAAACAGUAGAAAUUGAAAAAGACUUCACAAUUACGCCGUACUAUGCAGGACAUGUCUUAGGGGCUGCAAUGUUUCAUGUGAGAGUAGGGGAUGAGUCUGUCGUAUACACAGGAGACUACAAUAUGACACCAGACAGGCACCUGGAUGGAGCAUGGAUGCCAAAAGUCUACCCGAAUGUUUUGAUCACAGAGAGCACCUACGCCCUGCUUGUCAGAGACUGCAGGAGAGAGAAAGAGAGGGAAUUUAUUGAGUCCGUUGUGCAGUGUGUUAAGAAUGGUGGGAAGGUGCUUAUUCCUGUAUUUGCCUUGGGGCGUGCACAUGAACUGUGCCUUCUCCUGGAUACGCACUGGGAAAAGUCAAAGUUAUCCAUUCCCAUCUACACUUCUGCCACUCUGACGCACAAAGCAAAUGACAUAUACAAACAGUUCAUAGAUUACACGCAUGAGCACAUAAGAAAUACGAUGCACAAGAGAAAUCUGUUUGAUUUCCAGCACGUAAAACAAUUUGACUCAAAUCUGGCCAGUCUGGAGGGACCUAUGAUCCUUUUUUCCUCCCCGGGUAUGCUGCACUCUGGGCCCAGUCUGUCAAUUUUCAAGAAGUGGUGCGGUGACCCAAAGAAUAUGGUGAUAUUCCCGGGUUACUGUGUCCGUGGUACAAUUGGGGAAAGGGUCUUGAAUGGGGCUAGUCAGAUUGAAGUGGGUGGGAUAGUUUAUCCAGUGCGCAUGAAAGUGAAGAAUAUGCCAUUUAGUGCACAUGCAGAUCAGAAGGGAAUUCUGUCACUCGUGCAGCAAUGUGAGCCUGAGAAUAUUAUUCUUGUGCAUGGGGAUAUCAUGAGAAUGAAGCGAAUGAAGAAUAUCCUGGAGACUACCCUGGGGAUACCCACACUGCACCCUCCAAUUGGUGCCACUUUGAAUAUUGAGAGACCAAAGCACACGACAGCAAGCAUCACCAAGGAGUCACUCGAAUAUUUGCAAAGUAGCAACGGAAAGACAAUUGAAGGUAUCAUGAAAGGGUCCCUAGUGGAGUGCAAUGGGCGCUCUCAUUUGGUUAUUUCAUCCUGUAGUAAUAAUGUCAUAUACGAUGAAUAA